CGCAUAGUUCAGGAGUAGUGGAGGACCUGGAGGAGCUUCGUCCUCGGGCAAAUAUAUCGAGGCAAAUUAUUUUUCCUUCCUCGUCUCUGAAUCUGUAACCCCAUAUUCGAGUUUUCAGCAAAAUGCAGAGAUUUAGAUACCGUUUCGACUUGACUUCUUUGCAUUUCUGGAUUGUAAUCAUUAUAGCUAUAAUAUCACAGGCGCUCAAAGCCGCCUCGGUUGUGGUACCGAGUUCAAAUUGCUACGUUCUCGAUAACUCAAGUCGCAUUGUGGAUUUUACAAGUUGGGUUGGACAACCACUCGAGUAUGAUUUUGAGGGCUCCGACUUGGUUGUUAGAUUUUGUAAAGAUGUGGAGAGUAGAUCACAAACGGGAUAUGUGGAUUUUGGUCGCUUUGAUAGGUUUAACCACUUCGUUGCUGGUUCCGGACAAGUUGACUUUGUUCAAGGUUUUUACAAUGGUGACCUGGUUAAGUGUGAGCAUAGCUAUGAUAAACUGGGACGAACAGCUCAGGUAAAUAUAAUAUGUGGAACGUGUCCGAAUGGACAAUGUAAAGUUGGAGUUGGAUGCAUCUGCAAUGUCACUUACGAGUCUACUUGCAGAGUUUUUGUUGAGCUCGCCAUUCAAUGCGAGAAACCUGGACCACGGGUGUUUAAGGGCUUCACUGUUGGAUUCCAUCCACGAACAUGGGAAAUUGUCUAUGAUGGUAUGACUCAGUUGGGCUUUGAAAGGUCUCACCAGGAAUUCAGCUUCGCGACUGAACAAACUCAUGUUUACCUAUAUAUGACUGCAAUUGCUUCCCUUUCCACUUUGGUGCAGAAGCCUAUUGUUAAGACUUUUCCAGACAUUGGCUUGGAGGUUAGGUUAUCAGGUUCUGGAGCGGCUGGAAAGCCUCCUACAACUUUGUCUCCUACAGCUUUGGUUGUAGAUUGGAGAUGUGAGAAGGCUCGUGAUACUCCAUAUGAAGUUAAUAUCACUAUCCCAGUUGAGGGCUAUGAGCCCAUUCAGUUCACUCUUACAAAAAUGUGUGAAUUCACGCAAACUCAAGAUGGUGAUGCUACUAGGGGAUGGGCUAUAUUUGGAGUUUUGUCCUGCAUAUUCAUAAUCUUGUCAGCGCUGUUUUGUUGUGGAGGGUUUAUUUAUAAGACUCGAGUGCAACGCCAGCAUGGAAUCGAUGCAUUACCCGGGAUGACAAUUCUAUCUGCCUGUUUAGAAACGGUUAGUGGAGCAGGGCAAGGCUACACGCGAGCAGAAGACAUAAACAGCGCCUUUGCAAAUGAAGCCUCUUGGGAACGUCCUGUUUCUGCUCAAGGAACAAGAAGACAAAGUGAGAGAAAAUACGGUGCUAUUUGAAUACCAUGUACUCCCAUAAAUAUUUUUCAGGAAAAUAGUAGAUACCAAUCUAGGGGUUCAAGGACCUUCAGUUAUGCAACAUGUUGUGUUAGCAGUUGUGACAUUUCCUUUAGAAACGCCUUCUAUAUUCAUUCAUUGCACCUUCUUUACAUGUUGGAAAGAAACAAGUAGAGAUAUGCUUAAUCAGAUUAU